GGACCCCUGCGAAAAGAGAAAUAACGAGCCAGUCAAGCACGAAACCCUCUUGCCGAGAGGAAGUACCAGGGAGCGACAACAUUUAAAACUACCAACUUCUGAAGAAUUUCUCUUAUUUUUCAAAGUUCCUAAGAAAUUUUAAGUGGGCAAAUCUCCAAAGUCUAAGUUGUUCUUGUGGGUUAUUUAAAGAACCGUAAAAUCCAUUUUUCAGUUGGUCUGAAAUAACUGCAAAUCCGAGAGCACUUUUGACCAUCUAGGCAAACGGCAACAUCAUGAGCUACGACGAGCUGAUCGUUGAGACUAAAACCGGUAAAUUGCGAGGCUUGAAGGAGCGCAACUUCGAGGGCGAGCAGUUUUUCGCAUUUAGAGGUAUUCCAUAUGCCAAACCACCUGUGAAUGAACUUCGAUUCCAAGAUCCACAACCCGUAGAACCGUGGACAGAUAUCAGGGAAGCAUGGCUUCAUGGCCCAAAUUGUGCUCAGGUAGAUAUCAUCACAUCCGAUAUUACAGGCAGUGAUGACUGCCUCUAUUUAAAUAUAUACACGAAGAAACUGAAAUCAGACGAAAGACGACCAGUGAUGUUUUGGAUCCAUGGAGGUCAUUUUUCAUCAGGUCACGGUGACGAUUCCAUGUACGGUCCAGACUACUUUAUGCGCAAAGAUGUCGUUUUAGUUACCAUCAAUUAUAGACUGGGAUGCUUAGGUUUUUUGAAUUUCAAUGAAGAAGGGGCGACGGGUAAUCAGGGUUUAAAGGAUCAAGUCAUGGCUUUGCAAUGGGUUCGCGAUAAUAUUGCUACUUUUUGUGGUGACUCAAAAAAUGUAACUAUUUUUGGUCAAGGUGCCGGUGCCGCAUCAGUUCAUUACCUCACUCUUUCUCCAUUAGCUAUAGGUUUAUACCAUAAAGUUAUUGCUCAAAGCGGAGUUGCAAUCAAUCCGUGGGCAUUCCAAACGAAUCCUGAAGAAUAUGCAUAUCGGCUGUGUGAAAGUUUAGGACACAAAGGUAAAGAUCCGAAAACAGCUGUUGAAUUUUUGAAAAAAGUUGAUGUCCAAAAAUUAAUUGACGCUCAAGAGCAGUUGUCAACAGAUGAGGAAAAGACCCAGUAUGCCUUCAGUUUUGGCCCAUCUCUCGAUAGAAAAUCUAAAAAACCAUUUAUGCCUGCGCAUCCUGAAGAUGUAUUUACCAAGGGUAUUGAAGUACCAUGCAUCAUUGGUUAUAAUGAUGCAGAAGGAAUCUUGUUUCUGCCAAUAAUAACUAAAAUAGUCAGUAGAUUUAAUAAAGAAUUCAAUAAGCUUCUACACCCGAAGGUUUUAGACACAAUACAAAAUUUAUAUAAGUUAACCCCCCAAGAUUUGAAGGAAUUUUACAUGGAAAAUGAAGAAAUAACUACAGAGAAUAUCAAUAAAUUAGUUGAAUUUCUCGGAGACCUAUACUUCGUUGAGGGGAUCCAUCGAGUUUUAGAGGUGCAAGUGGAAGAACGUUCUGCACCAACGUAUGUUUAUUUGUUCACCCACGAUAAAGAUCCGUCAUUCUUUAAACUGAUGUCUAAAACUAGUAUGAGGGGUGCAAGCCAUAUAGAUGAAAUAUGUUAUUUAUUUGCAAUGCAUUCUUUUAUCACUAUGAAGCAACAGUAUAGCACUCCUAGCAAAACUUUUUAUCAAUGGACUAAGUGGUUUGCUAAAGCGUUUCCGAUGAUGUGUCUAUUUAAGUGGGGAAGUUUUAAAUUUCCUAAAAAGGGAUCGGUCAGAUACCGUAUUUCUGAACAGAUGAUUGAUAUGUGGGUGAACUUUGCGACAAUAGGGAAACCAACGACUGGAUCAUCCGAAUUAAUCUCAAUUGAUUGGCCUGCCAUCGAUGAUCGUUAUUGUAUAAAAUAUUUGAAUAUUUGCGAUAAUCUACAUAUAAAUGAGGUGCCUCAUAUAGGAGAAAAGUUCAGAUUUCUAAAAGAUUGUAAAUAUUAAUUACAAGGAAAUAUAUUUUAGGACAACGAUUAAUAUAUAAUUUUAAUUCUUUUAAGUUGUUUUUUUUCAGACUAUGUUAAUUAAUAAUUUUUUUCACAUAUUUAGUUACCGUCAGAUUUGUUGUCCAGAUAAUACCUUGUCUACUCUAGACGAUUGUUAGUCUUACUAACGUUGUGUAACGCACUUUGCAUGCCCUUCUUUUUUGUUAUUGUGGCAUUUAUUGUAACAAUUAAGCUUUUGUUUACAUGCCAAUUUUAAGAUUCUAUUACUGUAGACGCAUAAAUAAAUGAUACAAUUGAAUAAAUAAAAAUUAUA